GAUCAAAGAGUAUCAACUUUACUGCUCUAUCACUCGACUUCCACCUUUCGGUUUUAUUGCAUCUCCAAUAAACUGUAAUUUCAAACAGUGCGGUUUAAUCUCAUUAGCAUAUUAACGAUGGCAAAAUAUAGUAAUUGCAUUGAUAUCCGUCCAUAAUUCCAUAUCUGAGUAGACAUUAUUGUUGAAUUCAUGGCAUAGUUAUGACAACAGUGAAAUCGAUCUCACAGUAGUUGCGCUUCUUCCAUUCCAUUCGCUUCCCUUGACAAUGUCUGUGACAUUACUUGUAUUCCUAUGCGGGCUGUUAAUCGAAUCCUGCAUAGCAGGAAACGAAAACGCCAUGGUAAAAGAACAGAUUGUCCCGGAAAUUGUCGAUACCGCACCGAAUGAGGUGGCUGAGAUUACUUAUCCCAGCGGUGCCAAGGCUAAUAUGGGCAAGAUUUUAACACCAACACAAGUUAGCGGCCAACCGACAAUAAAAUGGAAUUCUGAUCCCAAUUCGUUUUAUACAAUAGUCAUGGUCGAUCCAGACGCCCCAAGCAGAGCAAAUCCGUUUAUGCGAGAGUGGAAUCAUUGGAUAGUUGGAAAUGUUCCCGGUGACGAUAUUUCCAAAGGUGAAGUUUUAACUGCCUUUGUGAGUUCUGGACCACCAAAAGAUAGCGGACUUCAUCGAUACGUUAUUUUCAUUUACAAACAAGACAAGGAACUCAGUUUCGACGAACCACGACUUCCCAACAAUUCUGCAGAUCAACGUGCCAAUUUCUCUGUGAGAAAUUUCGCUAAGAAAUAUAACUUAGAAGGCCCCAUCGCUGGCAACUUUUACCUUGCGGAAUGGGACAGUCAAGUGCCAAUCGUGCACAAACAACUAGGAAUUGAUAAUAUAUAAAUUCCUUAAAGUUGCUGUAUAAACUUGCAAAAUAUCAAUGUAUUAAAUUCCAACGGACAUUCAUAACAUGGAAAAGCGUACAAAUAUAACUAAAUAUUUUAACUUAAAA